GAGCUUUAGAAAAAUUCAAUGAGCAUGGCCGUGCGCUUGUAUGCCGUGUUUCUUAGUCGUUCGCUGAGUACGUGCCCUGUGUUGUGUGCUGGACAGAAGUGGAGAGUGAGCAAAGGCUUGGCAAGAAGUGGCAAUGAGUAUGGACCACUGACUGAUCUACCUGACUGGUCGUAUGCUAAUGGGCAGCCUGCACCUGAUAGUAAGAGAAAGAUAGCAAGACAGAGGAGAAGAGAAGCUGUGGCUACGCGAGUCCUUACACUGACGCAAGAGAUGAACGAAGCAAAGAAGAAAGCAUAUCGAGACGAAGACACAUAAGCAACAACUCAAUACGAACAAUAAUGUGUCUUAUUUCCAUACAAAUUACUGUAAAUAGUAGGGAACAUUAA